GGCCCCGCCCCCGCCUCGCGUCUUGCUUCCGCCCGGCCAGGUCCGGCUCAGUGUGCGUCCGCUGCACGGUAGAUGAGGCCAGUGCGACUCAUGAAGGUGUUCAUCACCCGCAGGAUACCCCCCGAGGGCAUUGCCGCGCUCAGCCGGGCCGCAGACUGUGAGGUGGAGCAGUGGGAUUCAGAUGAGCCCAUCCCGGACAAGGAGCUGGAGCGAGGCUUGGCGGGGGCCCACGGCCUGCUCUGCCUCCUCUCCGACCGUGUGGACAAGAGGCUGCUGGAUGCCGCAGGAGCCAAUCUCAAAGUCAUCAGCACGAUGUCCGUGGGUGUUGACCACUUGGCUUUGGAUGAAAUCAAGAAACGGGAGAAUGCGAGGUGGCUGGUGAUAACAUCUAUCUGUCCACAUGUGCAUAGGUCAGGCUAUACCCCGGAUGUCCUGACAGACACCACCGCUGAACUCGCAGUGUCCCUGCUGCUUACCACCUGCCGCCGGUUGCCGGAGGCCAUUGAGGAAGUGAAGAACGGUGGCUGGACCUCAUGGAAGCCCCUGUGGAUGUGUGGCUACGGACUCACACAGAGCACCGUUGGUAUCAUUGGGCUGGGGCGCAUAGGCCAGGCCAUUGCUCGGCGUCUGAAACCAUUCGGCGUCCAGAAAUUUCUAUACACAGGGCGCCAACCCAGGCCUGAGGAAGCAGCGGAAUUCCAGGCAGAGUUUGUGUCUGUCCCCCAGCUGGCUGCCCAGUCUGACUUCAUCGUCGUGACCUGCUCCUUAACGCCUGCAACCAGGGGGCUCUGCAACAAGGACGUCUUCCAGAAGAUGAAGAAAACAGCCGUGUUUGUCAACAUCAGCAGGGGCGAUGUCGUAAACCAGGACGACCUGUACCAGGCCUUGGCCAGUGGUCAGAUCGCAGCUGCUGGACUGGAUGUGACAACCCCAGAACCACUGCCUACAAACCACCCUCUCCUGACCCUGAAGAACUGUGUGAUCCUGCCCCACAUUGGCAGUGCCACCUACAGAACUCGCAACACUAUGUCCUUGUUGGCAGCUAACAACUUGCUGGCUGGCCUGAGAGGGGAGCCGAUGCCCAGUGAACUGAAGCUGUAGCUGAGCCGGGAGGCAAACGGCGCCCUGGUAUUCUGUCGGUUGUGCCCAUAGGUGGGAGCCAAGGAAAGUCUGACUGUCCCGAUUCUGCGAGGGAAGACUGGUGCUGACAGAUGUGCUUGCCACUUUUGUGGCUGGGUAUGCCUAGCUACUGUAAUGCUAUUAUUAAAUAAUUCUGAGAGA